UGUUGAGACACAUGAUGCAUUCACUGUCCCUGAAUGGAGUGACGGUGAAUUUCCCCUUCCCUCCGUAUGACUGUCAGAAAGACUACAUGCAAAAAGUGAUUGAAUGUCUUCAGAAGAGAGUGAAUGGCGUUCUGGAGAGUCCCACAGGUACUGGUAAAACCCUGUGCCUGCUGUGCUCCACCCUGGCCUGGAGGGAGCACUUCAAGGACACCAUCUCUGCCCGCAAGAUAGCACAGAAGCUGGGAGGGGAGGAGAUGUUCCCUGACACCCCCCUGUCUUCCUGGGGGACGGCUGCUACUGAUGGGGACAAGCCAGCCUACUACACUGACAUUCCCAAGAUCAUAUAUGCAUCGAGGACACACUCCCAGCUCACCCAGGUGGUCAACGAGUUAAAGAACACGUCAUACAGACCUAAGGUGUGUGUGUUGGGAUCAAGAGAGCAGCUGUGUAUCAACCCAGAAGUGAUGCGUCAGGAGAGCAAUCAUAUCAAGGUCCACAUGUGCAGAGCCAAGGUCUCCACCAGGUCAUGUGUCUUCUACAAUAAUGUUGACGAGAAAAGCACUGACAAAGAACUGGUGAAUUCUAUCCUGGACAUGGAAGAUCUGGUCAAGUUCGGCAAUAAACAAAAGGCCUGUCCUUACUACCUCUCUCGUUCCAUGAAAACUCAGGCAGAUGUGAUUUUCAUGCCGUAUAACUACCUGCUGGAUCCAAAGAGCCGCAGGGCACACAACAUUGAGCUGAAUGGAGCUGUGGUUAUCUUUGAUGAGGCUCAUAACGUGGAGAAGACGUGUGAAGAGUCGACAUCAUUCGACCUCACUCCCUAUGAUUUAGCCUCAGCUAUUAGUGCUGUGGACAAACUGCUGGUGGAGCAGGCUAAAGAAGCUAGCAGCAAAGACUCUGUCACUCCCGACUUCAACGUAGAAUCUCUCAACUCUGGUUUAAAAAUAGAAAUAGACACUAUUGCAAAAAUCAAGCAGAUACUGCUGGAUCUGGAAGCUGCUAUCGAUUCCUAUGAUGUUCCAAGUGACAAAGGCAUCACAAAACCUGGAAUCUUCAUCUAUGAGCUGUUAGAGAGAGCCCACCUGACCUACAGAAGUAAGACGGCUGUCUGUGAAGCUCUGGAUCAGAUCACUGGAUACUUAGCAGGACAGCCAGGAAUAUUCCUCAAUACAAGUGGACUGCAGAAGCUGAAUGAUAUCAUACAGCUGGUGUUCUGUGGUGAACCAUCAGAGAAGGACAGACAGCAGCAGAUGCAGGCCAACACCAUUCAUUUUAAGGUUCAUAUUCAUCAAGACACCAGCACUAACAAGAAAAAACAGAACACAGAUGUAUGGGCGCAAUCCACAUCUAAGAAACAAGGCAACAUUCUGAGUUACUGGUGCUUCUCUCCUGGCUUCAGCAUGCAAGACCUGGUCAAUCAAGGUGUCCGCUCUAUCAUUCUGACCAGUGGAACGCUGUCUCCUCUGUCCUCCUUCACCUCUGAGAUGAGGAUAAAAUUCCCAGUGUGUCUGGAGAACAGUCACGUGAUCGAGCGGGACCAGAUCUUUGUCAGCGUUGUGGAACGAGGUCCAGACGGAGUGUACUUAAGUUCAGCAUUUGAUAGAAGGUUUGUUCCUGAAAACAUGUCAUCUUUAGGCAACACUGUUGCCAACCUGAGCCGUGUGGUCCCUCAUGGUCUCUUAGUGUUUUUCUCCUCUUUCACCUUAAUGGAUAAAAACCUGGAGUUCUGGAGAGCUAAUGGACACGCAGAUCGCAUUGAGAACAUAAAGCCAAUAUUUGUUGAACCUAAAGGAAAGAGCAACUUUAAUGAGGUGAUUGAUGGUUACUACAACAAAGUCAAUGAUCCAGCAUCUAAAGGAGGAAGCUUCUUUGCUGUGUGUCGAGGGAAGGCUAGUGAAGGUCUGGAUUUUGCAAACACUUACGGUCGUGGUGUUAUUAUUACUGGCCUCCCCUUCCCCCCGAAGAUGGACCCUCGAGUCAUCUUGAAAAUGCAGUUCUUGGAUGAGAUGAACCGGAAGAAAAACACGGAAGUAAAGUACCUGUCUGGGCAGGAGUGGUACAGACAGCAGGCGUUCAGAGCUGUUAACCAGGCCAUCGGCAGAGUCAUUCGCCACAAGGACGACUAUGGAGCCAUCUUCCUGUGUGAUCAGAGGUUUAAAAGUCAAUCUGCUCAAGCUAAUCUGCCAUCAUGGGUCAGGCCUUACGUGCGUGUGUAUGACGGCUUUGGGAACAUAGUCCGGGAUGUCUCUCAGUUCUUCAGGGUUGCACAGAAAAUGAGGCCUGUGGUGGAGAAGAAGGCUCCUCCAGAGAGCUGUGGGACAGUGUGUUCAUCAGACACUCAGUCCUCUGGCUUCACCACCUGCUCCUCCUCUCAAAGCUCCCGCGCACAGAAGGCCAAAGUGCUGGACACCCACCUCCCCAGUCUGAAGAGGAGGAGACUCAAUGAUAUCACUGGAGCUCACGGGAUCAACAAGAUUUGUAUUGAGUAUGAGUCUGAGGUGCAUGAGAGUCAGAGGAGACCAGUCAACCUGCUGGAUGCUCUGGAGCAAGGUGACCAUCGCAACGGAGGAGAAGAUGAUGCUGCAGGAGAGGAGAAGGCCCACCGUCUGUCCACAAUGUCUCUUCAGCAUGAUAAGAGGCUGGAUGAUGAGCUCCGGGGAGGAAAACGAAAAAUCAAAUUGGUCCAAGAACAGAAAGUGAGUGUGUCAGAGGUUGUCUCUGAGGAAAAUAAAGCCAGCAAGGCUAAGAAGUUCCUGGCAGAGAUGAAGAAGUCACUGAGCCAGGUCAACUUUGAGCGAAUCGUCCAGGCUCUGCAGACCUACAAGAAGAAUGACGACCUGGAUGCUCUGCUGGCUGAGACAAUGGUGCUAGCUGAAGACACUAAUACACAUAGUCUGCUCUGGGGUUUCUAUCAGUUUGUACGACCACACCACAAAAAAAGGUUUGAUGAGAAGUGCCAAGAGCUGACUGGGAGAGGCUGUGGAUACGUACCAGAUCACUCUCUGUCCAAGGAUGAGAAGAAAGCACUGAUGCUGCACACUGCAAAAGAUGGACAGCACAGUGCGGUUCUAUCCUCCUCCAGUUCCAGUGGAGCGUCUGCCUGCAAUCAGCUGAACACGCAGCAGCUCAAUAAAGGAGGACAUCACCUAAGCCAUCAAGGUCUAAGAGAAACUCAGACUGGUUCUGCUUCAAAGAAUGAAGUCCACAGUACCUUUCUGGCUGAUGUGAGAAAAACCCUGGGAACAGAAAGAUCAGCUCAGCUGUUUCAGGCCAUUCGUAGCUACAAGACAACAGACAACUAUGAAAACCUGGUGACCACAGUGGUGAGCCUACUCACUGAGAAAGAGGAAGACUUCAACCUUCUCAUCAGAUUUGGUGUGUUUAUUCGCUCUCAUCAUAAGAAGCAGUACAAAGAGAUAUUGGCUUCUUUGACAGGACAGUCUUUGACAGACAGUGAUGUUGCUGUGAGUGAAGACCAGCAAACAGGAGCUUCAUCGUCAAGUUGUUUGAAGACACAAAGCAAGAUUUCCAGUUUUUUCUCAAGCUGACGAAGACAGUAGGAUCUGACUUACAGGAACAUUAUGAGCAUACCUGCUGCUGUUAACAAAACCAUGAACUGACCAGAGUAAACUGGUA